AUGGAUCCCGUCGAUUUGUUGCCGCUGGUCGACCAGCUAGAUGAUAAUGUUGAUGAUUUGGAAGAGGCGCUUGCGCCGCUCCUGAACAGCGCCGUCACCGAGACCUCGAAGAAACUGCCUGUUCUGGAUAAGGCGAAAUACCAUGUCUUGGUCACGUACGCUUUGGAGUCACUUCUGUUCUCUUACUUGCGCCUUCACGGCGUAGACGCCAAAGACCACCCGGUCUUCCGCGAACUGACCCGCGUGAAACAAUACUUCGCCAAGAUCAAGGCGCUCGAGACAGAACCGGAGCAGCGCACCAUGACUCUAGACAAGGAGGCUGCGGGCCGAUUCAUCAAGCACGGUCUUGCCGGCAACGACAAAUACGACAUGGAGCGCAAGGAGCGAGAGGCCAAGGAAAAGGCGCGCGCGCAGUUCAAGGCAUCGCUACUGGCUAAGAAGGAGGCUGGUGCGGGCGAGAAAUCAUCUAAGAACCCUACGAAUGGCUCGGAUUCUGAGUCCGACUCUGGCGCAGACGACGAACCGAAAGCCGAACCUACUGCUAAGCAGUCGACGAAAACCGCUAAGUCCGCUGGACCCGAGAAGAAGAAGAACAAGAAGGGGAAGAGUGACAGCGAGAAGAAAUCCAAAAAGAAGGAUAAGCGCAGCAAAGAAGGACGAAAUGAAGAGAAGAAAGAGCGGAGACAGAAGAAGAAGGAAACUCGGAAGGCAAGGCAGUCAUAG